AUGGUUGAGAAAAUGGCUAUUCGAGGGACCGACUACCAGGACCCCCUGAACUUGGCACUUGUGUCACUCUUAGACUCACCCGACAUUUCCAACGAUGGUAUCGAUGCUGAUGCUGAUUCCUAUGCCGAUGCCGAUGUCGAUGCCGCAAACCAGGACCAGACCACGGGCAGUCAGAGCCAAAACCCAAUAGGAAUCAGUGGUAUGGAUUCGGUCGAUUUCAAACUAGCAAGGCGCGAGUACCAUAUUCUGCCAAAAAUCCUUAAGGAACCUUCCAAACAACUAGCGCGAUUUUGCCAAACAAGUGAGGAUGAUGUUGUCGCGAGACGACUACUUUUUGGUGCUGUGCCGCAACAACACGACGAUGCAGGUUCUGAUCAAACGGAGCGACUGGGGACCCGUGGUAUUCAUCGUGAUUUAACAUGGACUUACGCCGCUGACUGGGUCAUGCCGUGGGACAAGAUUCCGGGCUGUGUGGCAACACCGCUGGAGGCGUCAAAGGCGGCUGAGAAGUACCGGAUGACUGCUAGAGAACAAGAAUUGUGGAAGGGCACGAUGGGCAUUUACGCCCAAAGUAUUGUCCGGCACUGGCAUCAGGACAAGCACAUUCUGCUGAGGAUGGAAGCGGAUCAAGACGAUCCAGUGCACAACCUGAAGGGAAUAAUGGAUUAUUUAAUGAUUAGCGACGCUGAUGUUUCCAGAGUGUGCCCCGCUGAGUCCUCUCUAGAACCACCUGCUUAG